UUGACAUUCUGUACAGAAUAGAGAAUAGCGUUAUUUGUCGGCUUGUAAAACUUACAUAUUUCUGAUUAAUUUGUGACCACAAUCUAGGAAAAUGCCUUUACUUGAUGGUAAAGAGAUCGAAAUAUUUUUUAGUGAUGAAGACUUACCAUAUGAAGAGGAAAUAUUAAGGAACCCAUUUUCAGUGAAACAUUGGCUUAGAUAUAUAGAACAUAAAAAAGGUGCACCCAAACAUGAGAUUAAUAUGAUUUAUGAAAGAGCUCUGAAGGAGCUGCCUGGGUCCUUCAAACUGUGGUACAAUUACCUAAAACUCAGAAGGGCACAAAUAAGAGGCCGCUGUAUAACAGACCCUUGCUAUGAUCAUGUGAACAAUUGCUUUGAAAGAUCAUUGGUCUUCAUGCACAAAAUGCCAAGGAUUUGGAUGGAUUACUGUACUUUUUUGACUGAUCAAUGCAGGAUAACAGUCACAAGAAAAGCAUUUGACAGUGCUUUGCGGGCAUUGCCAAUUACCCAGCAUCACAGGAUAUGGCCUCUUUACUUGAGUUUCCUAAAAAAACACAACAUUCCCGAAACAGCUGUAAGAGUGUUUAGACGUUAUUUGAAGUUAAGCCCUGAAGAUACAGAAGAGUAUAUUGACUACCUAAUUUCAAUUAAUAAACUGGAUGAAGCUGCAGUCAAACUGGCACAAAUAGUGAACAAUGAGAAUUUCCAGUCUAAACAUGGCAAAUCAAACCACCAAGUAUGGAAUGAGUUGUGUGAAUUAAUUUCUAAAAAUCCAGACAAAAUUCAUUCACUAAAUGUGGAUGCUAUUAUUAGAGGAGGUCUGAGGCGCUAUACAGAUCAGCUGGGACAUUUGUGGAACUCUCUUGCUGAUUAUUAUGUAAGAAGUGGCUUAUUUGAAAGAGCCAGAGAUAUCUAUGAAGAAGCUAUUCAAACUGUGACUACUGUUAGAGACUUCACUCAAGUUUUUGAUGCAUAUGCUCAAUUUGAAGAACUAAGUUUAAGCAAAAAAAUGGAAGAUGUUGCAAAAAAACCAAACCCAUCUGAAGAUGAUGAUAUAGAUUUAGAAUUGAGACUUGCCAGAUUUGAAUACUUGAUGGAAAGAAGAUUACUGCUCCUCAAUUCAGUUCUUUUAAGACAAAAUCCGCAUAAUGUGGCUGAAUGGCAUAAAAGAGUCAAACUUUAUGAAGGAAAACCACAUGAAAUUAUUGACACUUACACUGAAGCUGUGCAGACAGUAGACCCAAAACUUGCAGUUGGAAAACUGUACACUCUAUGGGUUGGUUUUGCUAAGUUUUAUGAAGAAAAUGACCAAAUUGAAGAUGCAAGAUUAAUUUUUGAGAAAGCAACACAAGUGAGCUAUGCAAAAGUGGAUGACUUGGCAUCAGUUUGGUGUGAAUGGGCUGAAAUGGAAAUCAGACAUGAAAAUUAUGAAGAAGCACUUAAACUAAUGCAAAAAGCAACUGUGCUGCCCAGCAGGAAAGUUGCUUAUCAUGAUGAUACAGAGACAGUCCAGAUGCGUUUAUACAAGUCAUUGAAAGUUUGGUCUAUGUAUGCAGAUCUUGAAGAAAGUUUUGGUAGUUACAAGUCCUGCAAAGCUGUUUAUGACCACAUUAUUGACUUGAAAAUUGCUACUCCACAGAUAAUAAUAAAUUAUGGUCUCUUCUUAGAGGAGCAUAAUUAUUUUGAGGAGGCAUUCAGAGCUUAUGAAAAGGGCAUUGCACUUUUCAAAUGGCCCAAUGUAUAUGAUAUUUGGAAUACAUAUUUGACAAAGUUUUUGAAAAGAUAUGGUGGCUCUAAACUUGAGAGAGCAAGAGAUUUGUUUGAACAAUGUCUGGAACACUGUCCUGCAGAGUUUGCAAAGUCUAUUUUCCUGUUGUAUGCAAAAUUAGAGGAAGAACAUGGCCUGGCUCGACAUGCCAUGUCAGUUUACGAGCGCGCAACCACUGCAGUUUUACCAGAGCAAAUGUUUGAGAUGUUCAAUAUAUACAUUAAGAAAGCUGCCGAAAUUUAUGGCGUCCCUAAAACACGUCAAAUAUAUGAAAAGGCGAUUGAAACUUUACCAGAAGAAAAAGCGAGAGAAAUGUGUAUUUGUUUCUCUGAAAUGGAAACUCGACUUGGCGAAAUUGAUAGAGCUCGAGCUAUAUACGCACAUUGCAGCCAAAUGUGUGAUCCUAGAAUAACUGCCGACUUUUGGAAUACAUGGAAAGAAUUUGAAGUCCGCCACGGUAAUGAGGAUACAAUGCGUGAAAUGCUUAGAAUAAAGAGAAGUGUACAGGCCACAUACAAUACUCAAGUGAAUAUGAUGUCUGCUCAGAUGUUAAGUUCUGCCGCACAGGCAGCGGGCACAAUUUCCGAUUUGGCACCAGGAAUGAAGGAUGGCAUGAGAAUGUUAGAAGCCAAGGCAGCUGAAAUGGCUGUUGCAAACAAAGGAAAUAUUAUGUUUGUGCGGGGUGAAACACAAGGUCUCAAGGAGAGUGCAGAUAAGGUGGUCAAUCCUGACGAAAUUGACAUUGAUGAGGAUUCUGGAAAUAGUAAUGAUGAAGAUGAUGAUACUGUAUCGGCUCCAGUUCAGAAGAAAGAAAUACCAGCUGCAGUAUUUGGAGGGCUAGUACCUAGUACUAGUAAAGAUAGUGAUUAAGAAAUUUUCGAUUCUUGUUCAUAAUAAUAAAUCAAUCAUUUAAUUAUAAAUUCCUACA